GCACUCGUUAGCCGGCUGAGCAACACAUCGAUCUAACCGGCGAUCGCUCUAUCCGCGCGCAGCGAGGGAUCACGGAUCAGAGAUGGAGUCGACUCCUCCUCUCCUGACACCAUACAAGAUGGGCGAGUUCAACCUGGCACACAGGGUUGUGCUGGCGCCGCUGACGAGGUGCCGGGCGUAUGGGAACGUGCCGCAGCCGGCGCACAUGUCCCUUUACUACUGCCAGCGCGCGACGCCAGGCGGCUUCCUCAUCUCCGAGGCCUGCGCCGUGUCGGAGACCGCACGAGGGUACCCCGAUGUGCCGGGGCUGUGGACCGACGAGCAAGUGGAGGCAUGGAAGCCCAUCGUCGACACCGUGCACGCCAAGGGCGCCGUCUUCUUCGCGCAGAUAUGGCACACCGGCCGCGUCUCCGCGCCAGAGUUCCAACCAAAUGGGCAGGCACCGAUCUCGAGCACGGACAAGCAAGUCCCACCACAGGUGAGCCAGGACGGUCACGUCAGCACGUUCGCGGUCCCUCGGAGGCUGGAAACAACUGAGAUACCACAAGUCGUCAACGACUUCCGGAUUGCCGCUAGAAACGCGAUCAAAGCAGGCUUUGACGGUGUGGAGAUCCACGCGGCUAACGGAUACCUCUUCGACCAGUUCAUGAAGGAUAGCGUCAACGACCGGGACGAUACAUACGGGGGCACCCUGGAGAACCGGUGCCGCUUCACUGCAGAGGUGGUCGCGGCCGUGGCCGGCGAGGUGGGCGCGGAUCGCCUGGGCGUGCGGCUCUCCCCGUUCACGGACUACAUGGACUGCAGCGACUCCGACCCGGAGGCGCUGGCGUUGCAUGUCAUCCGCAGCACGCUGAACCCGCUUGGCGUGCUGUACUGCCACAUGCUCGAGCCGCGGAUGCGCGUGAACCCGGACGAUGGCAAGCUGACCUUGCCUCACAUGCUGUUACCAUUUAGGAAGGCGUUCCAGGGCACGUUCAUCGUCAGCGGAGGGUAUGACCAGGAGGAAGGCAACACUGCGGUCACCGAUGGCUACGGUGACCUGGUUGCAUACGGACGGCUGUUUCUCGCCAACCCGGACCUCCCGGCACGGAUUGCAAGGAACGCCGGGCUGAACAACUACGACAGGAGUACCUUCUACACCUCCGAUCCGGUCGUUGGAUACACCGAUUACCCGUUCCUCGAUUAACACUAGAUGAUUGAAAUCCUUGUAAUGCCGAUGGUUAAGCUAGUGCACCAGUUGAAUUAGAGCUCGUACAACUAAUCUUUACCUAUUAUUAAAGCAAGCAACGCCUCUGCCAUAUUUUUCGUA